AGCCCACCACCGACCUCGACCAAAACGGCGUAGAGAUGAUCCUCAAGCACCCCGACUAUUCCGCACCGAAGGGAAAGACACUGUUUCAGCUUGCAGACGAAAGGCAACGAGAGUUGGAUAGGGCCAAGCCGGGAGGAGGGAAGGUGAGCGAAUCGAGCGUUGACGGCGACGCUGGGAUAGGACCUGCUGGGGAUGCCCUCUUAUACUCGACUUCGAUGGCAGCACUGCACCUCACACUCGAUGUCAUCGUUUACAGUCAGUACCGCGAAGAGAUACUAUGGGGCGAGAUCUUCAGGCGGGCCGCUACUGCAACGCCUGUAUUCAUCCUGCUAGUGUACCUCACCCACGUCGACUUCUCGUAUCGCUUCCCCAUACUUAGAGAACUUGCAUUCUUUGCAGGCGCUAUCGUUGCGGGGUGCUAUUUGGUAUUUUCUGGCAACAAGCACGGCUAUUUUUACGUCAUGAAGGCUGCUCCUCCAGUUGGCACGCUCUGGAUCUGGAGCGUCAUCGAGAUGAGCCUGCCAUAUGCAGUGAUCAGUGCACUCAGCGUGUUUGGUUACACGUGGUGGAAUGGGUUCAACUUCUUUUGAAGUCUCGAUUUGAUGGGCAGGUUAUACGUUUUGGAGCUUCGCUAUUGCAUGCAUGUGCUCGCGGGCGGAGAAAAGAAAGUCGUAGAUGAUGAAAGUGGGACUUGGACAAGAUCCUUUGUAUGGGAGGGGGGAUUGUGUCGUAGUUCGCAACGGACUCGGAAUGGCUAACCAUAAGCCUCGAGGCA